AUGGAAAUUAAAGUUCGUAAGCCUUUUUGCCUUAGCUUUAAAGGAGUGCCUACACCUUUGAAGUUGCUUUGUGACAAUGUCUCUGGUUCCCUCGUGCUUUCCGAGUCUCUUAAUAAGCUAAUCAGUUUGGUACGAACUAAAGUGGAUGAAGCACUCCUCAACACCAUGAUCCGGUUUUAUGAUCCUCUACUACAUUGCUUCACUUAUAGGGAUUUUCAGUUGGUUCCUACAUUGGAAGAAUUCUCUUCUAUUUUAGGAUUGCCGAUACUUGAUCAGAUGCCCUACACUGGUGAAGAAGAGACUCCUAAGUUGGAAGAUGUUGCUGCCGCAUUGCAUUUGCCUCGAUCAGAAAUCAAGAAAGUUUGGGUGAAUAAAGGAGAAUAUACUGGUUUACCGAUUGACUUCUUGUAUAAUCAAGCUGACAUUUUGAUUAAUGCUACAAGUAUGGAUGCUCUUGAAAAAGUUCUUGCUUGCAUAAUCUAUGGACAAGUGUUGUUCCCUCGCUAUGAUAAAAUUGUGGAUGUGAUUGCUCUCAAGAUCUUCAUUAGUAACAAUCCGGUUCCUACUUUAUUGGGUGACUUGUUGCAUUCCAUCCAUCAUCGAUCAUCUAAAGGCAAAGGUUGUAUUCUUGGAUGUGCACCAUUAUUGCAUAAGUGGUUUAUUUCGCACUUAUCCCGUUCUACGAUAAGGAAUGAAGAAGACAAGCCUCGUUCCAUAUAUCUUAGUGCAGAAAAUUUUGAUUAUGGUGCGGACCCUACUGGAAAAAAGAAGUUGUUCAUCAAAGCUUGGACCAAGGUGAAGAAAAUAGGAGUAAGAGAAUUAGGAAUGAAGAAUCACAUCCCUUCAGAUCUUUAUUUUAAAUGGGUUUAUGAUCGAGUGGUUGAGUAUGGCAUACCAUAUCCAUCCGAUACUCCUAUAGUUCCAAGGGUUACUCCUCCCGUUGUUCAUGUGGAAGUAGAACCAUAUGUACCCGCUCCUAAUGAAGACCUUGCUGCCACCAUUGCUUGCCUAAGACAAGAAAAAGCUGACUUGGAAAAACGCCUACGUGAAGUGGAAGAAGAAAAGGCAAUAAUGGCGGCCAAUGCCAAAGAGCGCGAUAAGAAUGGAUCCAUGGAGUGGCUGUUGUGCCUUCAACAAUGCACCAAAAGGUUGACUAUCUGGAGAGAAUAUGGGAUCGUCGAGAAUAUAGAAGGAGACCAGAGUUACUACAUGUCUGAAGUGAAUCAAGUCAACAAAACAAGCUUCGACAAAAACCUGGCCAACAUAGGCCCAUGUCAGGCGACAGAGGAGAUAUAUUCUCCAAAUAAGAAUGCUUUGUACUACUUAUCUCUUCACCCUAAUGGGUUUCAAUGGAAUAGAGAGAUAAUGGGAGAUCCUGAAGAAACGGAGCACAUCGAAGGACUAUUUGGAACACGGCCAACUGGCUGGGACGAAGAUGUUGAAUAUGUCUGA